AUGAGUAAUUAGAACAAUGGGAAGGAAUUACCUGAUAAUAAUAAGAAAAAUUAAAAUAAGCAAGUAUUUGAAAAAAGUUUACAUUCCCACAAGAUCGAAUAUGGAACUACAUAUCAGGGAGAAUGGAAUGGAGAUAUAAGAGAAGGUUUUGGUGAAUAAUUGUGGCCAGAUGGAGCAAAGUAUGUUGGAGAGUGGGAAGAUAAUCAAGCUAAUGGUAAAGGUACCUUCUAUUAUGCUGGAGGAGGGAUAUAUGAAGGAGAAUGGAAAAAUAAUAAGGCAAAUGGAAAGGGGAAAUUAACUUAUGUAGAUGGAUCAUAUUAUGAAGGGGAUUGGUAUGAAGACUAAAAACAUGGAAAGGGAGUUGAAAUUACGACUCCUGGAGACAAAUAUUAUGGAGAACUUAAAUAUGGUGAAAAAGAUGGGUUCGGUAAAUAUAUUUGGCCAGAUGGGAGUAGUUAUGAAGGGGAAUGGUAAUGUAAUCAAAUGAAUGGUGUUGGAAAAUAUAUUUGGGAAGAUGGGAGAAGUUAUGAAGGUCAAUAUCAAAUGUGUAAGAUGCAUGGGUAAGGAGUACACAAAUGGCCAGAUGAAAAAAUGUAUGAAGGAGGUUAUUUUUAAGAUAAAAAACAUGGAUACGGAGUUUUCACUUGGACGAAUGGUAAGAAAUAUGCCGGAAAUUGGUUUAAAGGAGAAAAAGAUGGAAAAGGACAAUUGAUUACAGCUGGUGGAGAAAUUUUUGAAGGAGAAUGGAGUAAAGGGAUUUUAAUUAGUUCUAAAUGA